AUGACAUCUCAGCCUUCUGCGUCAGCCAACACUGCGGCCAGCUCGUCGCAGUCGUUCCUACUUGCGCCAUUGCAAUCAUCCACCUCGUCCAAUGUGCAGAUCACGCCGAGCAAGGCAAGGAAGCAGGCCCAAGCGCAGCGCACACGUCUCGUAGCAUUGUCCAAGCAUUUGAUGACCCGCUUGCAGUAUGCCAACUUCAAGGUAGAGCAUGGCUGGUCGAAACAAUCGCUCUCGGAAGUCGAGAACCUCUACUACCGACAGAAUCAGUCCGGAACGAGCGCUGCCAACUCGACAGCCGCAGCAGCAGCUGCUGCUGCUGCUCGAAAGAGCGCUUCCACGUCUCCCAACAACGGCAAUUCCAAGGCACCGGUGACACCCAGCAUCGCCGCUGCAACACAAGCUCAGACCGGCGUCGGAUCGAGACUGUUCAAGGACGCAGCUGUCAAGAAGAUCGACGUGGAAGGUGGCGACGUGUUUGGCGGCUAUGGCUUGGCCACGCCGCCUGCGUCUGCUGGUAGUGCACCCGGAGCCACCUCCUACCUGACGAGCAAGCGCGGCCGUUCUACAUCUUCGACGCCUAUCUCGCCGCCCAACACUAGCAACAACUCCUCGGCGAGCAAAGCAGGCGACGCAGCGUCGUCGCAGAAGCGCUCGCCGAAUAGCAACAGCAACAGCAACGGCUCGCGGCCAGCGCAGGGCGCUGCAGGUGGAGUGACAAGCUACGCUGACUUCUGGAACCGCGUAGGCAGCUCGACCGCUUCGACGACAACCGCGGCGGUGCCGAGAUCGUCGAUCAGCCCGAGCAAGAAGAGAAGCGCAGAAGACGUUGCUGCUGCUGACGUGACGGGCGCUGUCAAUGCAUCGGAAGCCGCAGCUUCUACCACCGCCAGCCCGCACAAACGAGUGCGGAUGGAGUCGGAUGCAGAUCGCUCUGCCGCGAUCUCGUCAGCCAGCAACAGUCCUGCCAAAGCAGCACUGGCCAGUCGCGGGCCCAGCUUUGCCAGCAGCAUCCGCAAACUAUGA